AUGGCGGACGCUGUUGUUAGCCCCCUCCUUCAGAACUUGUCACAGCUUCUGCGCGAUGAAUUCAAGUUGCUUUCGGGCGUUGAGGACAAAAUCAAGUUCCUCUGCGAUGAGCUCAAGUUUAUACACGUCUUCCUCAAGAGCUCCAUUGGUAAGCGCAACGACGAGCUUGUCAAAGAAGUGGUCAACCAAAUCAGAGAUGUUGGCUUUAAGGCCGAGGAUGUUGUUGACAUCUAUGUUGCCAGCGUCGCCCAACAUAGAAGCAGAAACAUAAUCUGCAGGCUGUUUCAUUUAAGACAACGUGUCAUGGUGCUUCGUGAAGUCAAUAAUGAGAUAGAGAAGAUCAAGAACCGUAUUGAUGAGAUCUAUAAAAACAGGGAGAGAUACGGCAUCACAGAAGGUGCAUCCACAAGUGAAGAUGUUGAUGCUAUUGCUGCUGAAUCACUCCGCGAAAGGAGGAAGGACGUGGAAGAAAAAGACGUAGUGGGGUUCGUGAAUGACUCAAACUAUGUGAUUAAGAAGCUCAUGCAAGAAGGUGAUUCAGGUCGCAAAGUUGCUUCCAUAAUCGGCAUGGGAGGGUUGGGUAAGACCACACUUGCCCGGAAGAUUUAUAACAAUGAUCAAGUGAAGAACAGCUUCCCCACUCGUGCAUGGGGUUAUGUUUCCAACGAUUAUAGAGCAAGGGAGUUUUUGCUGAGCCUUCUCAAGUGUUUGCUGUCCACAUCGGAAUAUGAUGGUUUGUUCAAGAAGAAGGAAUAUGAAGUUGAAGCUAUUGUUUCAAGUGAGGAAAUACUGAAGACAAAGGUGAAAGAAUGUUUGAAGGGGAAGAAGUACCUAAUAGUGCUUGAUGAUAUAUGGAAAACUCAAGUGUGGAACAAGAUACAAGAUGCCUUCCCAGAUGAUGACCACAGCAUUGGCAGAAUACUGAUAACUAGUCGUGAAAUGGAGGUCGCAAACUAUGUAGGAACCACAUCUCCCUACUAUCUUCCCUUCCUCAAUGAAGAAGAAAGUUGACAACUCUUUUCUAAGAAAGUGUUUCGAAGUAAAGAGUGUCCUCAUGAUCUCGAGCCUAUCGGUAAAUCCAUUGUUGAGAGUUGCAAGGGCUUGCCACUUGCCAUUGUGGUCUUAGCGGGACAUGUUGCAAAGAAGGAGAAAUCACAAAGAGAGUGGACAAGAAUCAAGAACAUCACUUGGCAUCUUACUCAAGACAAGAUGGAAGUGAUGGAUAUACUGAAGCUUAGCUACGACAGCCUGCCUCAAAGAUUGAAGCCAUGCUUUCUGUAUUUUGGAAUCUAUCCUGAGGACUAUGAGAUAAGGGCCAGGGAUGUGAUCCAAAUGUGGAUGGCUGAAGGGUUCAUUCAACCACAUGAAGCUGGAAUCCCAAGUGCAGCUGAACCAGAAGAUGUUGCAGAGUACUACUUGGAUGAGCUAGUGGAUCGGAGCUUGGUGCAAGUGGCAAGCAAGAAGAGCGAUGGGCGUGUCAAGACAUGUCGAAUUCAUGAUCUUCUCCGCGAUCUCUGCAUUUCAGAGAGCAAAUCAGAGAAGUUUGUGGAGGUUUGCAGAGAUCCGAACGACAUGGAUACCCUGAGCAAUGAUAACCCUCGUAGAUUGUCCAUCCAAUGCAAGGAAUGGUCUAAUUUCUCUACAAACAAUUUGAAUCAGUUGUGCACUCGUUCCUUGUUCUUCUUUUAUGAGGGGGAAGAGUUCCCAGAGGAUGUUCUUCUGAAAAGCUUCAAGUUGGCUCGCGUGAUAUAUUUCAAAACCGAAGGACACUACUAUAAGUCAGCAGCCAUGACUGAUUUCAAGAAAAUGAUCCAUCUAAGGUACUUGAGAAUAGAUAAAACGGUGAUUAGCAUUCCAGCUUCUGUACGCAACCUCAGGAAUCUAGAAACCUUGAUGUACGACAUGUAA